ACGGAAGCCGCCCGGAAGCGGAGCUAUCAGAUUUAGAUUUGAAUUUCAAUUCCAAUUCAACUGUUGUUGUUGAUAUUGUGUGUUUAAUACUCACACAAUACUAAACUGAGUAUUAAUACUCAAGUCUACUAUUAACUGAAUAGUUAAAAAUCAAUUACAAUAAAUCAGAACGAAUACGUAUUAAAUAUGUCGAAUAAUUCAGAAACUUCCCUAAGCCAACGAGAUAAGGCAGCCGAGCUACCUAUGGAGCUGGAAUCCAUAAGGGCCUUGAAUGCCUGCCUCCAGGCUUAUUUAGAACACAUUAGAAAUGUCAAACGAAACUUGUUAGCUAUGAAUGACAACUACAGAGAUUUGGAAGAUGUCAACCGCCAGUGGCAAGAAGUUGUGGAAUUCAGGAGAGAGUAAAUCAACUUCAGGACGUAGGGUGUAUUGGAACCGUUCCCAAAAACAUCUAGUGUCUAGUAGUGUCGGUGAUUCCUAAAAACCUAACAGUACCAAGAAAGUAAAAGAAAAAAAUGCAUAAUGUUCUUUGCUUGAAUCUAGUUAUGAAUGAAUGGGGAUGGUUACCAACUGCACUCGCAUUGUCUUACGUAUUAUUUCACAAAAUAUUAAAAUAACAAGUACUUAUACUUAUAAAUACUGGGUUCAUUCCACUUUUUAGUUUUAAUAGGAUCCCAUAUUUCAAUAAUGUUGCAAGUCCCAUGACAAUGGGUAGAUUGAAGACUGUGAGUGCGAUGAUAGAAACUACCACAUCUGUCUACCCUUUUUCUAGUCAGUUUUUUGGGUGUUGCCAUUGAAAUUCUAUUUGCCCCAACAAUAUGUAUUCUAUAUUGAUAAUUUUUUGGGAUUUUUUGAGAACCCCUUUUUUUCCUAAGCUGAAUAGCAGUCCACUACUCACUUAAGCCUAGUGUACAGUGGUUACUGGAGCUAAUUGAAAUCACAAUAAGAAUACUGUCCAUCCAGAGACAAGAGGUCAAAGUCCCAGUUGUUGUACCAAACCUUCAACAC